AUGGGUAUUAGCCGCGAUAGCUAUCAUAAGAGGCGAGCCACCGGUGGCAAGAAGGCCGCCAUCCGCAAGAAGAGGAAGUAUGAGUUAGGACGCCCGGCCGCCAACACCAAGAUUGGUGUAAACCGUGUCCACUUCGUGCGAACCCGCGGUGGUAACAGGAAAUUCCGCGCGCUCCGUCUGGAUUCGGGCAACUUUGCCUGGGGCUCGGAGGGUAUGGCCCGCAAGGCACGUAUCAUCGAUGUGGUGUACAACGCAUCGAACAACGAGCUGAUCCGUACCAAGACGCUGGUGAAGAACGCGAUCAUCGUCAUCGAUGCCGCACCAUUCCGCCAGUGGUACGAAAGCCACUACCUGCUGCCGCUGGGCAAGAAGCGUGAGCUGAAGGCCGGCGAAGAGGAUGUGCUGAGCAAGAAGCGUAGCAAGAGCAACACGCGGAAAUAUGUGAAGCGCCAGAAGAACGCCAAGAUCGACCCCGCGGUGGAGGAACAGUUCAACGCUGGUCGUCUGCUCGCCUGUAUCGCUUCCCGCCCCGGACAAGUUGGCCGUGCCGAUGGUUACAUCUUGGAAGGCAAGGAACUUGAAUUCUACCUUAAGAAGAUCAAGAACAAGAAGUCCAAGUAA